AUGUCAGGUUUGCAACGUCGCAGAGUGAAUAGAGUGGAUUCGAGUGGAUCCAAUAAUGAACCAACGCGUGGGCUAGAGGCGCAAGAAGACAGUUCAUCAAAGAAGGUAGCAUAUGACCCUGAAGAAGUUAAGCUGACGGAUAAUGUGGAGGUACCCAAAUUGACUUUAAUGGAGGAGGUCCUUUUAUUAGGUCUUAGGGAUAAAGAAGGGUACCUAUCAUUUUGGAAUGAUAACAUUUCUUAUGCGUUACGUGGAUGUAUUGUGAUCGAAUUGGCUUUAAGAGGUAAAAUUCGUGUAGUAGACGAUUCUGCAAGGAAGAGAUUUGACGUAUCCGAAAGGUUAAUUGAAGUUACUGAUUCCAGUAAGACCGGAGAAGUUUUAUUAGAUGAGGCUUUACAAUUAAUGAAAUGCGAUGAACCAUUAUCAAUCACCAAUUGGAUUGAUCUACUCAGUGGUGAAACUUGGAAUCCAUUAAAGAUCAACUAUCAAUUAAAGCAAGUUCGUGAAAGACUAGCAAAGGGACUCGUAGACAAAGGUGUCUUAAGAACCGAAAUGAAGAAUUUCUUUUUAUUCGAUAUGGCAACUCAUCCAGUUACAGACACUAGUUGCAAAGAAGCAAUUAAGAGACGUAUCCUGUCUGUUCUUGUGCCCCGUAACUUGGAGUUGAAUUACAACGAUUAUUUUUCGGAAAGAGUCUCAUUUAAGUUAAUCAGAACUAUUGCAUUGAUUUGUGGAGCUUAUCGUGCUAAUGUAUUAGAAAAUGUAUUAACUUCUUUGGGAUAUGAAAAAAGAGACAAUGCAAUUGGUAGAGCAGAUGAGAUUUUAAAACAAUUUUCAGAGUAUCCAUUUGAUUUAGAUACGCAAACAGAAUCGGGUAUUUCAAUCAAUUUAAACAAAGAAGUUGGGCAAGAAUUACAACAACAUCCAGAAUCUACCCUACAAUUAGAGGUUUUAGCAGGUGUAUUCGAAGUGUUUUCAAGAAUGGACAUGCUGUUGUAA